AUGCCUUUCAAAGCUGGAUUAGAACUGACUGAAUUGCAGAAUAUGACUGUCCCUGAAGAUGAUAACAUCAGCAAUGAUUCAAAUGAUUUCACAGAGGUGGAAAAUGGCCAAAUAAAUAGUAAGUUUAUUUCGGAUCGGGAAAGCAGAAGAAGUCUCACAAACAGCCACCUGGAGAAGAAGAAAUGUGAUGAAUAUAUCCCAGGAACUACUUCGCUGGGGAUGUCUGUCUUCAACCUCAGCAAUGCGAUUAUGGGCAGUGGGAUUCUGGGUCUUGCUUUUGCCUUAGCCAACACAGGAAUUCUCCUUUUUCUGCUGCUUUUGGUUUCGGUGACACUGCUGUCUAUUUAUUCAAUAUAUCUCCUGUUGGUGUGUGCAAAGGAAACAGGCUGCAUGGUGUAUGAAAAGCUGGGUGAGCAGGUCUUUGGUACCCCAGGGAAAAUCAUUAUCUUUGGAUCCACAUCUCUCCAGAAUGUUGGAGCAAUGUUGAGCUAUCUCUUCAUAGUCAAAAAUGAGCUGCCCUCUGCCAUAAAGUUUCUAAUGGGAAAAGAAGAAAAUUUCUGGGAAUGGUACGUGGAUGGACGGAUUCUUGUUGUCACAGUGACAUUUGGUAUAAUACUCCCUUUAUGCCUCCUUAAGAACUUAGGGUAUCUUGGCUACACCAGUGGAUUUUCAUUAAGCUGCAUGGUAUUUUUCCUGGUUGUGGUUAUUUACAAGAAGUUUCAAAUUUCCUGUGGUGUACCAGAGCUAAAUGCAACUUCAUCUAUCCUAUUAAAUAGCUCAGCACAUGAACAUAUGUGUAAGCCAAAGUAUGUUAUCUUUAAUUCCAAGACCGUGUAUGCUUUGCCCACCAUUGCUUUUGCGUUUGUGUGCCACCCAUCAGUCCUCCCGAUUUACAGCGAGCUUAAAGAUCGUUCUCAGAAAAAAAUGCAGUUGGUUUCUAAUAUCUCAUUUUUUGCCAUGUUUGUGAUGUACUUUAUGACUGCCAUAUUUGGCUAUUUGACUUUCUAUGACGAUGUGCAGUCAGAUCUGCUUCACAAGUAUCAGAGCAAAGAUGACAUCCUUAUCCUGACCGUGCGCUUGGCUGUGAUUGUUGCGGUGAUACUCACGGUGCCAGUGCUGUUUUUCACUGUGCGUUCAUCAUUAUUUGAGCUGGCUAGGAAAACAAAAUUUGAUUUAUACCGCCAUGUUUUGGUUACUUUGGUUCUUUUGGUUAUCAUCAACCUGCUAGUCAUUUUUAUCCCAUCCAUGAAGGAUAUUUUUGGAGUUGUAGGGGUCACUUCUGCCAACAUGCUGAUUUUCAUUCUUCCUUCAUCAUUGUAUUUAAAAAUUACACAGCAGGACGGAUCAAAGUUGACUCAGAGGAUUUGGGCUUCUCUUUUCUUGGCAUUGGGAAUAAUGUUUUCCCUAGUGAGCAUUCCCUUGGUCAUCUACGACUGGGUCCAAUCAGGAGGCAGUGCUGAAGGCCACUGA